AUGAUAUCCUCUUUUUCUGAAAAAGCGGCGGCGCUGGAGGCCGAGGGGGUAUACAUCGGGAGUUGGAGUGCGAAGAACGUCCUCUCUCCACGAAAGGACACGCAAGGAGAAUAUGACACCUCCGAAGAUCGGAUUGAGCGGCUCACUACGGUGAGAAGCGACUGGACAGAAGCAGAAGAAAGGCGUCUCCUUCGCAAGCUCGACGCCCGCGUUGUCCUGCCGUCCUGCAUCGUCUAUAUCCUGGCGUAUCUUGACCGGUCGAAUCUCGGAAACGUGAAGAUUCUCCAAUCUGACACCCCCGAUUCCCUGGAGACAAACCUAGGGCUAGAAGGGGUAGAAUUCAACUGGGCCGUCUCUGUGUCUUAUUUUGCAGUCACUGCAAUGCUGAUUCCUGCGAUGUUGAUGCUGAAGAAGCUGUCAGCCAAAACCUUCUUUCCCCUGUGCAUGGUCACUUGGGCCAUUAUUAUCAUGACAAUGGCAGCUUGUACCAAUUCUGCUGGAUUGAUUGCUUCUCGGGUCUUCCUCGGUAUCCCUGAGUCGGGAGUCGUGACUUGCGGCGUUAUGUAUUUCAGUUUCUGGUACAAACCCAGGGAAAGAGCUGUGCGGAUCGGAGUAUUUUACAGUUCCAACUCCAUCGCCCAGGCCAUCUCCGGAUUCCUUGCGGUUGGUAUCGACAAUCUAAAUGGUAAAGGCGGCCUGAAGUCAUGGCAAUGGGUUUUUAUCAUUGAGGGUGCUAUGACGAUAGUCGCUGCUAUUCCGAUAUACUUCCUCCUACUGUCGUUUCCAGAGACAUCUACCGCACUCUCUGCUAGAGAGAGGCACAUAGCAAUUAAUCGUUUUGGCCGUGGAAGUACCCGCCAUACGGACGUGACUUGGAAUACAGACGCCUUCAUUCAAAUAAUGACACGCCCGUCGAGCUAUAUAUUCUUCCUGUCGUACAUCUGUAUCGCCAUCGCCGCUGUAGCGCAGGCUACCUUCUUACCAACCAUCCUCCACACCCUCCUGCAAUUCCCAACCCAAAAGGCAAACCUAUACACCGCGAUUGUAAACCUCGUAGCCGUGCCUCUCUACUGGAUCUACCCAUUACAUUCCGACUGGACACGCGAACGAAUGUGGCACUUCAUCAUCCCAGUCCUAGGCUCCAUUCCCUGUUACGCCGUGUGGACCUACACAAGCCUCCACCCAGGCAGACACACAAUCAGCUACAUAUCGAUGUACGGGAUGGCUUUCCUCGGACAGCUCCUUCUAGUCUCACAGCCCGUCCUGCUAUCCUACCGCAGCGCAACACUCUACGGUGCCGCCGAGCAGGCCGUGGGAACAUCCAUCGCUGUGGCUGCGCUAUCAAUCGCCAGUAUCAUUGCUCCGCAGAUGUAUCCCAACUCAGAUGCACCGUACUAUCUGAAAGGGUUUACGGCUACUGUGGCUUUGCUGGCUGGGGGGAUCGUUUGUUAUCUCACCGUCCCGUUCUGCUUGUAUUUCGAGGCGCGCAGGAGGAAGGCGAAGACGGGCCAUGCCAUGCCAAUCCAGGCUGUGGUUGAUGCCGAGAGGUCUGAGGUCGAGACGAAAGCAGGUGAAACGAAAGAAGCUGCUGCUGUUUAGGCUUCCUGACCGCGUGGUGUGUGGAUCGUGGGCUUGACAUGGGACGAUUGGCUGGAUAUCCGGACAUUUUGGUAGACGAAUAUUAUAUAUGGGGUUAUUCUUAG